AUGGGCGUCUGCCAAGACGUGCUCGAAGUGCGGCACGCACAUCCAGGCCGACGGCCAACGGACAAGAGCGAGCAGCAGACCAGAUCGCAGAGAUGGCGAGCCACCUACCAGUACAGGACGAAAAAGGUCAAGGACGCCCGCGAGGAACUGCAAUUGCUCGAGGCCCAGCGUGCCAUGGCAGCAACUGCAGCAGCUCAGGAGGCAUCAGCACAGUCAGACAUAUCAGAGUUGGUCUACGCGGCGCUGCGGACCAAGAUACCAACAGGAGGGCCCAUGCCCGCGACCUUUCAGCAGCAGGUGCAGACGCUCGCGGCCACGUUCAACGAGAUGCAGCACCAGCACGAGGCCGCAGUCGCCCAACAGUCCGCCCAGCUCGGGGCGACCACCGCAGCCAGCUCAGCCGCCGCAGGUGCUCAGCCGAAGGCGCCGCCGUUGCAAGCCCCGCCCAUGUUCGCCGCGCCGCCCGCCGCGAUCCAGAUGCCGCCAGCGGGCGCAGCAGACCAGCCCGUGGACGUGGACCAGGAUGACGAAAAUGAUGCCAUGGAUUUCGCGGGCUUCGGCUGCGGCGGCAAGCGCACGCCCUCCCAACUUCAGGGGACAGCAACUCUCAUGGACGCCAACGGCGACGCCGAGACGGCCAAUAAUGUCAAGGACGCAGUCGCAGCAAUGUCCGCGGCGACUGCCAGUUUCAAUGCCAAUUACGAGAAGGUCAACGGAGUGGCUAUCCUGGUCCGAGAUCACUUGGGCUUCGGGGUGGGGAAACCGAAGUCCCAAUCCAUCCUGGACUAUUUCCUGGCCAGCGACCCCCUGGCAGAGAAGAUUGACAAGGUCCAGACCUGGGCCAAGUACCCCCCUGCGCCCCGCAGGCCAGUCUGCGCAGACUUUGGAGGUGGCGACAGUUUCAUGAUACCCGUGCUGGCGAAACCGCAGAAGCUGCCUUCUUCAGCGCCCGUGGGCCCGCAGGUAACGCAUCAGAUAGCGGGGCCACAUGGCCCGCCAGACGAGUUUCACGCCAUCCACGACUUGAAGGCCAGGUUGCAGACUGUCACCCAGUGGUGCGAAUUGCUGCUGGCUGACAUCGCAGCUGGAGUCGCACUGGAGGGCGCAACCGACCAGCAGAACCGCCAUUUAGACCUGCUCAUGUUCAUAGUUGACCUCCCCAUGAAGGCGCACACUCAGAUGCUCGCCUCCACUCCAGAGCUGCGCAAGGGCAUCAAGAAACAGUUCCGCGAGAGAGCAGGCGCGAUGCUUGACAUGGUAGGCCCGGGCCCCGGCUUCGAGACCGCAGCCCUCAUGGGCCAGGCCCCCGCGCAGACAAGGUUUUCAAACCUCCAGUGCCCCUCGAGCUUUUCUAUCGACAGGGCGCUCGGGCUGCUGGCGCCCGUGGCCGCGGCGGCGGCCGCGUGGCAGGGAUGGCCGGCUGCCUGGGCCACGCCCCCGAGGCCGACGGGGCGCGCGGCCCGUCGGCAGAGGGCGCCCAGGACGCCCCGCGGCGGCGCGGGGGUCGCCGCGGCGGGCCGCGGCGGCCUCGGCCUGCUGGACCUGGACGGGCAGGGUGCGAGGACGAUCGAGGACGUUGAGGUGGGGGACGUCAUGCAGGGCACUGUUGUCGGCAAAGGCGCGCACGCCAUCUUGCGCCUGGACGUGGGCCUGCGGGGGGGCAACGCGUUCCUCGUCGGGGUUCCAGACGACUUGCGCAAGGUGAGGGUAGGGGAUGAGCUUCGGGACUUGAGGGUGGAGUACGUGAACACGAGGUGGAACGAAGUCGACCUCUCGUUCCCUGGUUUGUCGAACCUGGCCGCUGGCAGGGAGCUGCGGCCACGAGAGUCGUUCACUCCAGGCGACCUGGUGGACGGCCAGGUCACCGAGCACCUCGACAGGGAGAUCAUCAUCGACAUCGGCUCGCGGUCGAUGGCCUACAUGAGGGUCCCCAGCCGCCUAAGGUUCCUGAAGUGGCUCGAGGUCGGCGAGACCCUGAGGGGCCUCACCGUCGAGGUCGUCAACGACCAGACGGGCAUGAUCCAGGUGAUGCUGCCGCUGCACGAGCUGCACGACGUCGUGGCCGGCCGGGCGGCCUCGCUGACGGACAUCCGGGAGGGGGACAUCCUCGACGGCACGGUGACCCACUGGAACCGCAAGGGCCUCUUCCUCGACGUCGGCUGCUUCUUCGAGGCCCUGCUGCAGGCCGACAGGGACCAGAUGUUCAGGCUCAAGGCCGGGGACCAGCUGCAGGGGCUGAAGGUGAGGCGAGUUGACAUGCAAAGCACGAGAUUGUCGUGGUAUUCCCAGGCCUGCGGGAGUUCGUGGCUGGGCGCGGGAGGCUGCUCUCUGAUGUACAGCGGGACACGGAGCUGGACGGCACCGUGGUGCUUCGCUCUGAGGUGA